AUAUGAAGCUUUUGACAGUAAUUAUAUCUUUGUUCAGUCUCUGUACUGCAAAGUCAUGGCCCAACUUUAUUCUUAUAAUGGUUGAUGACAUUGGCAUUGGAGAUAUAGGAUGUUAUGGGAACAAUACGCUCAGAACACCGAAUAUAGACAAAUUAGCCACAGGGGGAGCCAAGCUAACUCAACACAUAGCAGCAUCUCCAUUAUGUACUCCCAGCCGAGCAGCAUUCAUGACUGGCAGAUAUUCUGUGAGAUCAGGUAUGGCUACUGAGGCAAUGGUUGGUACUUUUGUAUUCUCGGCAAGCUCUGGUGGCCUACCGCAGAAUGAGAUAACAUUUGCUGAAAUUCUGAAAACACAAGGCUAUUCUACUGCAAUUAUUGGAAAAUGGCAUCUUGGACUAAAUAAGGAGAGGAACAGUGAUUUUCACCACCACCCACUAAAUCAUGGAUUUGAUUAUUUUUAUGGAACACCAAUGACACAUUUGCGGGAUUGCAUACCAGAGAAUGGAAGUGUUUUUUUCACUGGAUUAGUCAAAGUCACUGAAUAUCUGUUUCCAAUUGUUUGCCUUACCUUGGUAACUCUUAUUUUCCUGAACUACACUGGACAUGUUAAAGCACCCUGGAGAAUAUUCUUCUAUUUUUUAUUAUGCAUCGUCAUCCUUCUGGUUCUCUGUAUUUUCUACUUUUGGAACUUCCGUUACUUAAAUUGUUUUUUGAUGAAAAACUACCAUAUUAUCCAGCAACCAUUAAUAUAUGAAAACCUUACACAAAGGUUAACCAAAGAGGCUGCCCAUUUUAUAUCCAGGAACAAGCAUAAACCUUUCCUUCUGCUUAUGUCAUAUGUGCAAGUCCAUACUGCACUUUAUGCCUCUCAAGAUUUUAGAGGAAAAAGUAAACAUGGUAUUUAUGGUGAUGCUGUGGAAGAAGUUGAUUGGAGCAUAGGCAAGAUUAUUGAAGUGCUUAAAAAAAACCAAGUUGAGAAGAAUACAUUGGUAUAUUUUACAUCUGAUAAUGGAGGACAUGUAGAAGAGAUUUCCUCUUCUGGAGAAGUUCAUGGAGGAUUUAAUGGAAUCUAUAAAGGAGGAAAAGCUACUUGCUGGGAAGGUGGAAUACGUGUCCCUGGACUUAUUCAAUGGCCUGGAGUUAUAGAAGCCGGUACUGUUAUUAACGAACCAACAAGCAAUAUGGAUAUUUUCCCUAUGAUUGUUAAGCUUUCUGGAUCAACUGUUCCUCAAGACAGAAUUAUUGAUGGAAAGGAUCUGCUGCCUUUGGUUCUGGGAAAAAACGUCACAUCCGACCACGAAUUCCUGUUCCAUUAUUGUAAUGCUUAUUUAAAUGCUGUAAGGUGGAAUCAGAGGAACAGUACCUCUAUUUGGAAGGCAUUCUUCUUCACUCCUAACUUUAAUCCAGAAGGUUCAGAAGGCUGCUUCAAUUCACAUGUCUGUCACUGCUAUGGUGUGUCUGUCACACAACACAAUCCCCCUUUACUUUUUGACUUGUCUAGAGAUCCAAGUGAAAAGCAUCCUAUCACACCAGAAACAGAACCAAAUUUCUACAACAUUCUUGAGACUAUUCAGAAAGCCACAGAGGCUCAUCAAAAAACCAUUGAAGUGGUGGAUAAUCAGUUAUCGUGGAGCAAUGUGAUUUGGAAACCGUGGCUCCAGGCUUGCUGCUCAUCCUGGUUUGAGUUUUGCUACUGUGACAACGAUGAAGAAUUGGGGAUGAGCUGAACCGCACAGAUAUAUAAAGAAAUAAAAAUGUGAAGUCAAUCUUAAAUAUUGGAUUUUAUGUCCUUGAGAAAAUAAAGUAAGAAUUAUCUAUUUUCUCCAAUCAGACUUCUGGAC